AUGGUAUUCAGCUGUAGUGCUUACACACAUAUUCCAAGUGAUAAAAGGUCCAAGCUCAAACCAAAGUCCACACAUUGCAUAUUCUUAGGUUUUGAGAAAGGAGUGAAGGGUUUCAAGCUUUGGGAUAUCAACAACAGGAAAAAGGUUGUCAGCCGAGAUGUUGUCUUUGAUGAGACAACCAUGCCUCUGAAUAAAGUCGAGAGCAGUAGGGAGAAGAAAGACGACGCUGAAAUUGAAGCAACAAAGAUUCCGUUAAUCAGUUCAGACGAAGAAGAAGCUCAGGUGGAGCAAAUUGAGCAAGAUGCCGAAUCUGAUGGUUUUGAGGAAGAAGAAGAGCAUCAGCAUCGUUCACCAGUUUGGAAUCAGGUGGAGCAAGAAACAGGGUAG